AUGGCUAACUGCACACUUUUUAGUAAUCUCAUUCUCAGCAGUGAUGACAAAUGUACAAAUGUCACUCGAAUGCAGGGAGCAAGUGAAAUGACAGGAAACAGAAAUUUAUUAGCACCAACUCUGCAGAUCGCAAUAGCAGUUAUAAUAUUUUUUGUGAAUCUUUUAGUCGUCGCGUCAAUUAAGCGCUAUAAAAAAUUGCAGACAGUUUCAAAUAUAUUUCGUGGUCACUUAGCUAUGAAUGACAGUAUAUUUGGAGCAUUAUUAGCCCUGAGAGGAAUCUUAGAACUAUCUGGAACAUUAAGCAAGACAAUGCCAUGUAUCAUCAUUAACGUUUUUGUAAACUCAUCAGCAGGAGUAACCAUGUCAGGAGUUCUACUGCUAUGGAUUGAAAUGUUUCUAGCAACAAAGCGAAAAUGUAUAAAUGGGGCAUUUAGUAGGAAAACUGCUUUUGCUCUCAUCGUAGUGACAGUAGCUCUAUGGCUAGUGUACUGCAUUAGCUUUACUUUGUUUCAUAAAAACAAGCGUAUAGACAAAGCUUGCCAUUUGGGCAAUGGCCUUAUCCAUGAAAAUCACUUGAUAGGGGUAUGUAUCAUCAUGUUUCUACACUUGAUAGUACUCCUCAUCCUACAAUGUCUAACAUUCUGGAAUCUUCACAAACACGUGGCACAUCUUAAAGAACAUGGUGUAGUACCACAAAAUUCUAAAAGGUACUUUAGAACAAACAUAAGACAUAUUAGAGUAUCACCUUUCAAUAUUGACCAAAAUUUGAAGACUGACAAUCCAAAGACCUUAGAGAAGAGCGCUUCUGGAUUCUGCCGUCAAACUCUCCAAUCGCCUGAUCCAAAUAUUGGGUAUUCCAAUUCAACUAGCGAAUUCAACGGCAAGAAUCCACCAUUGCUCGGUCCAACUCCUGGAUGUUCAAGUUCAAAUAACGAGUUCGACGGUCAGAAUCCUCGACUGCCCGAUCCAACUCCUGGAUGUUCCAGUUCAAAUUACGAAUUCGACGAUCAGAAUCCAGGAUUACCCGAUUCAACUCCUGGACGUUCCAGCUCAAAUAACGAAUUCCACGGUCGGAAUAUUCGACUACGCGAUCCAACUCCUGGAUGUUCCAGUUCAAAUUACGAAUUCGACGAUCAGAAUCCAGGAUUACCCGAUUCAACUCCUGGACGUUCCAGCUCAAAUAACGAAUUCCACGGUCGGAAUCUUCGACUACGCGAUCCAACUCCUGGAUGUUCCAGUUCAAAUUACGAAUUCGACGAUCAGAAUCCAGGAUUACCCGAUUCAACUCCUGGACGUUCCAGCUCAAAUAACGAAUUCCACGGUCGGAAUCUUCGACUGCGCGAUCCAACUCCUAGAUGUUUCAGUUCAAAUAACGCAUCCAACGUACUUAACCUCCGCCUAUGGGUGAAAGUGAAAUUAGAAAAAGUUAAUAAACGAGACAAAAUUGCAUAUUCGAUACUUACCAGGUACCAGUUUCAACUGAAAACACUUCGUAAACUUCCGUUUGUACGCCACGAUGGAGAACGCGGAGUACACUACAAGAAUAAGUUUAAGAUCAAAAUAAUGGCAAGUUCUAACUUUUUCACGAUAUUUGCAAUUGCAUCUUCUCUUUUCAUAGGAGCCUGGUGUGAUCAAUGUGAUUGUGCAGUAGAUCCCGACAAUACAUUAUGUGAAUCAGGGUGCACGUACUAUAUCUACUGUUUUAACGGUACAGAGGAGACCCUGCAGUGUCCUUCCGGUCAGGUUCUUGAUGUAGAGACAGGGACUUGUGACGUGCCUGAAAAGGUGGAGCCACCGUGCGGUGUAUACCACGACUGUACCGGAAAAGAGGACGGCUACUAUGCCAACGAAUAUGACAAUUGCCUCUCAUACCACUACUGUGUAGAUGGACAAUUUCAAGCAAACAAUCUGUGUCCAACAGGACUUGUGUUCGAUGACCCGAGAGGGGUGUGUAACUGGCAAUAUAAUGUCUGCCCUCCGUGUGGAGAUGGCACUGGUGAUGUGUACGAGCCCUGCCCUACUACUACAACAACAACUACAACUGUACAACCCACCACUGGACUUCCAUAGGCUAUAAUUUGUUUAUUAAAAAUAUCACGAUAUCAAUUGAUUUGGGUUUUGCAAUAAAAUUGGAUUUUAUUCCAUUU